AUGCUGCCCCCGCUGCGGGCCGGCGCCGCCGCGCCGCGAGAUGCCCGCGCGGGCGGGGGCGACGGCGGCGACGAGCUCGCAGGCCUGUCCCCGUGGAUGCUGCAGCAGAGGCGAAGCAACAGGAUGCUCCUCUCUGGGAGCGGCGAGCCGGAUCACCAGCGGCCGCCCUGCGGAGCGGCCGAGGGGGCCUCGGCCGCCGCCGGCGCCGCCGCGGUCAGCGCGAGCGGCGGGGAGGGAGAGGUGCGCGCCGCCCGCGGCGCGGCGCGCGGCGAGGCGCCGGGGACGCCCCCCCCGCACGGGGAGGCCCGCGGGCACGAGCGCGCCGCGGAGGAGGGGCCCGGCAGGGCCGCGGGGCGGGCGAGGUGCGCCGGGAGGGGAGGAGCCUGUUGUCCUCCCCGAGUGGAAGGAGUUCUACGAGAGAGGAGACGAUGCGGAGUGGCGCACAGACGAGUAGGCCACCGGCUUCUGGCAAAGCGGGCUUGUGUUUUUCCGUUCGCGCCGUGUGCGGCCAGAGCUCGGUAGGCGGAUAGCCGCCGAGCAGUGUACAGUUGAAAAAAGUUGGAUGCCCGUAGGCGCUCUGUAAAUAGGCUUCUCCUCUCCCUCCUCCUCCGCCUGCUCCCUCGAGACAGAUGCGUCGGUCUUCUGCCGACGGAGCUUCUGCGGCAUGACCGCACGUAGGUCCCUCGCCCCUCCGCCCCAUGGCUCCUUGCCUGCUGUCUGCCCUCCGCCCCUUCCCGCCUGCCCGCCCGCUUGCCUCGUCCCUCCUGCCCUGGCCUCACGCCUGCGCGUUUCGUCGUCUGCUUGCUUCUCCCUCUCUGCUCUCUCCCCCGUCGCCGGCGAGCGGCGGCGGGGGGGCAUUGAACAGAGCCGGGCCCUCGCUGCAGGCUCGACAGUCCCGCGGCCUUCUGCGAAGUCUGCGAAGCCUGCCCCGAAUACAGACCCAGAGCACCUCUCAAGAAGGCGCGAGGGCUUCUGAGAAGCCCCGCCGCCUCGCCGAGGAGGCCUUCUUCUUCCCACCUUCCCCCUCCCCGGAGCGCGCCGCCGCGCACGGGCGCCGGCGGCGUGGGGCGACGCAGUGCUCGGCGGCGGAGUGCCACCGCGGGUGUGUGUGCCCCCCGGUGGGCCGUGCUUGCGCGCCGUGCGCUUCCUACAGGGACUGCGCCGCACCAGAAAAAGGCAUUCACGAGCAGACCUCGGCGGCGUGCGCGGCGGUUCGGGGAAG